AUGGAUGACGCAAAUGUGAACGAUGUGGAUGUCGCUGCGUCUAAAAAUGGCUCGGAUGAAGAAAUUAAAAAAGAAGAACAGCCGGAACAACAAGCAACAUCAGCAUCGGAUUUACCUAAAUCUGAAGCUUCUCUAAACCAAGGGCAUUCGGCAAAUGCCGAUGAAGCAAGUCGAUUACGUGAACUGCAGGCCGAUGUUCGUGAUCAGGAUGAUCUCGAAAGGGACAUCUCUCGUCAGGCCGACAAGUUGCUCAUGGAGCAGGCUGAUGAACGGGAUAGCAAGAGAUUAGAGAAAACCACACUAGAAAAACAGAAGCUCGAGAGCCAAAUCUUGAAAUUGCAUCAACGUUUGUCGCAGCCAGUUGGCACAUCUGCGAGAGUCCGUAUCAGGAAUGAGAUUGAGAAGCUGGAAAGCCGCAAUGCGGCACUGGCAACUGACCUUACCGAAAUCCAGCAAAGAAUGGACGAAAGGCAUCAAGGACAAGAAGCUGGUUCUCAGACUACCGGGACUGGCCGCAUGCCUAAUGAGUCGCGCCGGGACUAUCUCAUUCGGACGGGAAAGAUUACGCCAUUUUCCAACAUGAGCUCGGGGCCAAACCAUGGUCCUCUUGCCAGCCUUCAGGAUGCCUUGAUCGAUGCAGAGGACGAACGCGAUGAAAGAGAAGCAUUGGAGCAGGUGAAAAACCGGUCAGCUGUUUCACAUCGUAAUCUCGUACGACCUGGAUUCGGGUUCGACGAAACUCCCGAAUCCAGCAUAGUGGAUGAAGCGCCUACCUCUCGAGCAAGUAAGCGCCGAAAGAUAGACCGCGAGUCUUAUGAUGACGAACAAGAAGAUUUUGAACAAGACACCAAGGUAUCCUUCGAAGAUAAUUUCGAAGAUCAAGAUGAAUCUGCUAGCUAUGUUGAAUCUGAAAGGCAGUCGUCUGUAUCGGAAGAUGAAGAAGAAUUUCUACCUGAAGAGAAGCCAAAACGUACGGCAAAGCCGGUAAAGGCUCCAAAGUCUUCAGGUGAUGUUGAAGAUUUCAGCGGGAUGGAUGAUGGAAAUGAACAGCUCUAUCAAACUAGGCUUCAAUAUUGGGUCAGUCAAAGGGCUGCUGCUAGGAAAAGAGCGCUUGAAGUUCAUGCUGAAAGCCAUGGAUCCGAAGAGGUUGCUGCUGGAGACACUGUGGAUGUGGUGGAUCAAGAUGAACAGGAAGAAUGGUUCAUGCCUCAUCCGACAGUUGCAGAUAUGCCUUAUGACAAUGGCUACCGAAUACCCGGUGAUAUACAUCCCCUUUUGUUUGAUUAUCAGAAGACCGGAGUACAGUGGUUAUGGGAGUUACAACAACAGCAAGUAGGUGGCAUCAUCGGCGAUGAGAUGGGUCUUGGCAAGACUAUUCAAGUCAUAUCUUUCCUUGCUGGUCUCCAUUACAGCAAAAAGUUGACGAGGCCGGUCAUUGUCGUAUGUCCUGCCACGGUCAUGAAGCAGUGGGUGAAUGAGUUCCACCGUUGGUGGCCUCCUUUUCGAGUAUCCAUCCUGCACACGUCCGGUAGUGGAAUGGUCAACAUCCGGAAUGAGAGCAGUAGAGAAGAUGCUCUUCUGUCUCAGUCAUGGAACUCCUCGAGUUCCCGUGGCAUGCCCAGUGGCUUGAAAGCAGCAAGGAAGGUCGUCAAACGUGUAGUAGAAGAAGGGCAUGUACUGGUCACUACUUAUUCGGGCCUACAGACCUAUGCUUCUCUCGUGAUCCCGAUUGAAUGGGGCUGUGCUGUUCUGGAUGAAGGGCACAAGAUUCGGAAUCCGAACACCUCCAUUACUAUUCAUUGCAAGGAACUCCGGACACCCCAUCGCAUUAUCCUAUCGGGUACCCCGAUGCAAAACAAUCUUACAGAGCUCUGGUCUUUGUUCGAUUUUGUCUUUCCAAUGCGUCUGGGGACUCUAGUGAACUUCCGGAAUCAAUUUGAAUUCCCCAUCCGUCAGGGUGGGUACGCAAAUGCCUCUAAUCUGCAAGUCCAGACGGCUGCCAAAUGUGCCGAGACGCUCAAGGACGCCAUUAGUCCCUACCUUUUGCAGCGGUUUAAGAUCGAUGUUGCGGCAGAUCUGCCAAAGAAGAGUGAGCAAGUGCUGUUCUGCAAGUUAACAAAGCCGCAGCGACAAGCAUACGAGACGUUCCUUGGUUCCGAGGAGAUGAAAUCCAUCCUAAACGGGCGUCGACAAGUCUUAUUCGGUGUCGAUAUAUUACGAAAGAUUUGCAACCAUCCCGAUCUACAAAACCAUAAGUUGAUGUCCUCGACGGCAGGAUAUGGUGGCGGAUCAAAGUCCGGCAAAAUGCAGGUCGUCAAGUCGCUGCUGGAGCUAUGGAAGGAUACCGGGCACAAGACUUUGCUGUUCACGCAGCAUCGGAUCAUGCUCGAUAUCCUGGAGAAGUUUGUGAACUCACUGUCCGGAUUCAACUACCGUCGAAUGGAUGGCACUACACCCAUCCAGCACCGGCAAGCCAUGGUGGACGAGUUCAACAAUGACCCAAGCCUACAUGUUUUUCUACUUACCACAAAGGUUGGCGGGCUGGGUGUGAAUUUGACGGGUGCUGAUCGGGUUAUCAUAUACGACCCCGAUUGGAACCCCUCAACCGAUGUGCAGGCGCGGGAGCGGGCCUGGAGACUAGGACAAAAGCGCGACGUCACCGUCUACCGGCUUAUGACAGCGGGCACUAUAGAAGAGAAGAUCUAUCAUCGCCAGAUCUUCAAGCAAUUUCUUACGAAUAAAAUUCUCCGAGAUCCCAAGCAACGCCAGACUUUCCAGCUGAGCGAUCUCCAUGAUCUCUUCUCCCUGGGAGACGAAGGACAAGGUCCCACCGAAACCAGUAAGAUCUUCAAAGAUGCGGACGUCACAUAUGAAGACAGUGAUGGCGCCUCGCGCAGGUCCAAGGCAGCAACCAAAUCAUCUGCUGCUUCACAUAGCGCGCAGGAAGAGAAGAAAGACAUCAGCAAGGUCGUUGGCGUGGCCGCAGUCGAACAAUUCCAGGGAGAACCAGAGCAACAGAGCAGCGAGCAGGAGAAGGGCACUUCUGGCGCCAACUCCGAGUCCCGCAUCAUGGAGGGCAUUUUUGCCCGAUCCGGGGUCCACUCGGCGCUAGAACACGACCAAAUCGUGAACGGCAAGCGCGUGGUGCGAGCAGACCCCAAGAUAAUCGAGGCCGAAGCAAAGCGGGUGGCAGCUGAAGCCGCAGAGGAGUUGCGGCGAGCGGGCGAGGCAGCGCGGUCUGUCCCCAUUGGCACUCCAACCUGGACGGGCCAGUUCGGCCUGGCUGGGAAACCCGAAGAACAGUUACCCAGUCGACCUGCAUUUAGAGGGAGCAGUAGCGCCGCCAGACGAGCAGUAGCCGGACCAUCCUCAGCAAGCAUCCUGGCGAAUCUCUCUGCGCGCACACCGUCCCCGCGCAGCAGCAGCAACAGUCCCGCGCCAUCACGCACCCCCAGCGGGGUCGAUUUCAUUACGAUGAUUCGAGACUUCAUCACAGCCCAGGGCGGGUCGGUGUAUACCCAAAUGUUGAUCGAUCAUUUCAACCGCUACUGCACCACGCCGCAACGGUCGGCCGAGUUCAAGGAAAUGCUGAAGACAAUAGCCGUGCUGGACAAGGGGGGACGAAACGGGCGCGGGAAAUGGGCCUUGAAACCCGAAUAUGCCAAGCGACGAUGA